GCGAUUCGGUACCACUCGCUGCACGACAACACCUACCUGCGCUUCUUCACCGGCCACACGGCGCCGGUGCUCUCGCUGAGCGUCUCUCCAAAGGACGACGUCUUUGCUUCGGCGGCGGCGGACGAGACGAUGCGGACAUGGGACCUGCGCGUGCCCGGCUGCCUGGGCGUCCUCCGCUUCCCCGGCAGCGGGCGCCGGCCAGCGGUCUCCUUUGACCCCGAGGGGCUUGUGCUCGCCGCGGGCGUGGGCGGCAACCAGGUCAAGCUCUUCGACCUGCGGUUUGCCUCUAAGGGGCCGUUUGCAACCUUUUCGGUGCCGGGCGAGCCUCGCGACUUUGCGUCCAUCUGCUUCAACUUUGACGGCAAGCUGAUGCUGGUCGGCACCGCGCAGGGCGCCGCCGUCAGCAUCGACGCCUUCAAGGGCACCGAGCUCCAGACCUUUCGCGGGCACGCCAACAAGAUGGGGCUGCCGCUCGAGGCGUGCUUCAGCGCGGACGGCGCGCAGGUGAUGAGCGGGUCGGAGGACGGCAAGAUCUGGCGCUGGCGCACGCACGACGCCUCGCUGGUUGCGGCGCAGGCGGGCCACCGCGGCCCCGUCACCUCCGUCAAGUGCAACCCGACGCGGCAGCUCGUGGCGAGCGCCGGCGAGGAGGUCUGCCUGUGGCUGCCUGCUUAG